AUGAUCGGCCGAGAGUGGGUCGUGAUCGGGCUUCGGUACGGUCGGAACGAUCGUGGCCGGAUGAUUGUACACCGAUACGGAGGAACCGGUCACAAUACCAGUCUUGAGGAGAUCACCAAGAACCAAGCCGGACUUAUAAGUGUAAGAGAAGAGUUCAACCAGUCCAUUGAAGGCUUGAUCACUCUCAUAGAGCAUGAAGAACUGAAGGAGACGCUACUCACAACUGAGAUAUCACAAGAAACCCCAAGAUUGAAUCAAGAGGCUAAAGAGGCGGAUCAAGAUGUCCCCCACACCCCAAGAAGAGCUCAAGAGCAACUUAAGAUCUCAUCAACACCUUUCUUGCCGGUUUUACAAGGAACCAAGGAGACAACCGUGUUCAUCAUCACCAAGCAAGUGGAAGCUCUUCCAUAG